AUGCAUACUUGCGCGCGCGUCGGCGUCGGUAGUCGGAGUGUACCACGCGUGGUGCGCACGCACGGCUUGUUCGUGAGCACGUCGGGAGGCUCGGUCCAUCUGCGUACGUGCGCGCGCGAGCACAGCACAGCACAGCACGGCACGGCACGGCACACGCCUGCGCUGCGGUUCGUCGGUCGAGCGCGCGCGGUCGACCGUGCAGGGCCUCACGUGCGCGACGUGCGCGACGCGCGCAUGAGAGUGCAGAGCGCCGAGCGAGAGCGGGAGAGCGCAGAACAGAGCAGAACGGAGCAGAGCGGAGCACACGCCCGCCCGCACGCCCGCCGUGGCCGGUGGGUUGCGUCUAUCUAA